UUAUCGACAGCCAAACCAAAACAAUCUUGAAAAAAACAAACAAGAAUUCUCUGGAUUUGGGGAACUUCUUGAUUUUACCUUCCUCAAGAUUGGACACAUUCCAUUAAUUCCACCCAAAAAUGACGGAACCAUCAACGGAGACCACAGAUAAGGUGGCGGAAGCUGCACACGCCUCAACGCCAAUCGCCUCCAAAUCCCUUGAUGCGGCCAGGCUAGAUGAAUGUGACGAGGAAAAACCCUCACCAGCCAAGACACCAAAAAAGACCAAGGGCCAAAAGGCCAACGUGGAGAGCGAGCUGAAGAAGCUUGCACAGCGCCGCAUUAAUGUGGCCGGUGCUCCUAAGAUGCCACUUAAUGGCUACGUCCGUUUCAUGAACGACAGACGCGAAGAGUUGCGACGCGAACAGCCCCAUCGCACGGCUCUAGAGCACACCAAAAUCAUUGGCGAGGAGUGGCACCAGCUGCCAGAGGAGCGCAAGGUUCCCUACAUGGAAGCCGCCGCCAAGGACAAGGCCGUAUAUCAGGAGCAGCUGCAACUUUUUCUCAAAGAACACCCCGAGAUCGUGGCCAGGGAACUGGCGAAGGCCAAGAAGGCUACCAAAACAGAGGGUUCUCCGAAGGAGAAGACUCCAAAGAGCGGCGGCAACGGCGACACCAGUCUCGGCAAGGGAAAGAAGGCCAAGGCGAAGCCAAUAGCAGCGAAGAGGCAGAGCGAGGAAGACCCGGACGAUGUUCCAUUGGCUCAAGUGAAGCGAAUGCCGACACCUCCGCCGCCACCGCCGCCGAUAAGUACAGUACCAGCACCUUCGCCGGCCCAGCCCGUUUCCAGCCACAUGAUGACACCAAUACCCGCACCGCUUCGACCCCUUCAGCCAGGCGAAAUCCCCAUUUACACCAACGAGUUCAUCGAGCACAAUCGCAGCACGGAGAACGAGUUGAGGACGCUGCGCAAGGCCAAGACGGAUCUGGAGCAGCAAAACGCUGUGCUAGAGCAGCAUGUCGACAACACUAAGGCCGGCUACGCCAAGGUCAUGGGCGAGGUGGCCGUUUUGAUGGCUGAGAACACGCGCCUUGAGAGCUAUGUGAAAGGACUGCGUCAGAAAUUGGUGUCUGCCCUCGGGGCAAUCCAACUGCCUCCACAGGAGUCUGCUGGUCCCCCCAGUGUGGACAACAUUGACAGAUACGUACGGCACUUGGCUGGCCUCGCAGCCCAGCCGACGGCCAACGCUUCGCUGGCGAAAGCCCGGGAAGCCCUGCGAAAAGUAGACGCCGCCAGCCUCCUAGUCAAGCCCUAACCUUAGGUCCUGCCAAUGCCACUCAAGACUUUGUAUUAUUUAAACAAAAACGUAAUCUUAAGAUAACUCAGUCCGGACAUGUGAAUGUUUUAAUAAUAAAUGCAAACUAAUCCGAAA